AUGGAAGACAUUAACGCACAGCAUCCACUGUGGGGCUCUGGUGAAAUCUCAAAUCGCGGCAGAAUUCUAGAGACAAUUAUAAACGAAGAUAACCUAAUAAUACUAAACAACGGUGAAAAAGCUUUAUAUUGCCAGCAUAAUCUAAAGGUAGGCAUAGACACACAAAAAGUGGUGUACCAACAGGAAAAAUUAUUUGAAUCUAUAACUACGCAAACGGACUGCAACUUACAAAUAGCAGCCGACAUAAACAAGUUCAAUUCAAUUGUUGACUUAUUCGAAAAUGUUGAGCUGCAGCUUAAAGAAUCAGUGGCGAAUGUGAACAUAAACACAUCGUCGCAAGUGGCAAAUGCUGUAUCGGCGCUAUCGCAGGCCAUUGACAGUAAUUCUUUUAAUAAGGCCGAUGAGCUGGUCACGCUGAAAAACCAUAUCACAUCACUAUUCAACAUAUCUAUGGGAUCCACAAAAAAACACAUUGAAGAGUAUGUAAAUGAUCUCACUGCCGAUUUGACCAGAGAAGUGAAAAAAAUCUGCAGCGAAGUUCAGAACUUGAGCACCCUUACCAUAGAUAUGGCAGCUCAUUGUAAUGAACACUACCUGAGUGAAUCGCGUCCUACACGUGAAGUUUUAGACGAAGUGAAAAUUAUAACAAAUUCAGUUGGCAGUGACAUUCUCAAAGAAGUACAAUCUCUUGCCGGCUCAAUUAACACUUUGGAUAGCAGUAUACGCAAUGCUUGUUUGCCACCAGCGGGCCCCAGCUUGAUGGACGAAUUAAAUGCCCAAUCAACAAAAUCGGGUGACUCAGCUCACCGUUCCACUGCCGAAGCCACUGAAGGGUGGCGCUUUUUGGGUUCGAAGAAAGUGUGGCGCUCUGACUGGACGGAGUACGACACACGUAAUCAGCGUAGAAUUCAACAGCAAAAGAUGAAAGAUAGGGCGAUGGCACGAAGAAAAGCUAAUAAAAAGCAGUUGCAUCAGAUAUCCAGAAGCAGUUAUUAUAACUAUAACCUCAAUGACAACGACAAUAGCAACAACAAUAGCAACAAUAAUCGUAACAACAAUCGCAACAACAAUAGCAGCAAUAAUCGCAACAACAACAACAAUACGCAAGGCGGUCGUCCAACAGCUGGCAACUCUCUUCCCCGGGAUAAGGAUCUACUUGCGGCGGCAAGGGUGCAAUUCUCUAGGCCUCCGUUUGAAAAUCAGCGUGGUAUCAGGUUUCAACGUGGUGAAACACUGAAUCCAUACCCGGUUGUACAUCAAUUUAACUCAACUUCCGCACCAGAUAGAUGCCACGACAAGGUGGUCACCGCCGAUAUUCCCAAAAUGUACAGGCAAAUCAACGUACACGACGACGACACGCGGAUGCUAUACAUCCUGUGGAGAGCACAAUCUAACGAGGAAAUUCAAGCAUACCACUUGACAACCGUCACCUACGGAGAAGCAGCUUCCUCCUUCCUAGCCUGUCGGCACUUUAUCAGAUGGGAGAGGAGAUUAAAUUAA